AUGUUAAACCGAAAAUGGUCGUUCGUGUUUCUCACAUUCUUACUGGUGAUAUCUGUUAAUGCCAACGACGACGUUUUUGAGGAUGAAGACGAAGCAUCAGAAAGUGGCGUUGAGAAAGACGAAUUCGUUCCGUCUAACUUCGUCGCCCCGAAACUUGCUGAUACCUCCAAACCAAACUUUUUCGAUUACUUCCCAGUUGGUUCCAAAAUCGGUCAAACAUGGAUUAAGAGUCUAGCCAAAAAAGAUGAUGUGGAUUCAGAAAUCGCCAAGUAUAAUGGUGAAUGGAGUAUCGGAGCACCGACAAAAGUAUCAAUUGAAGGAGACUACGGGUUGAUUGUGAAAACAAAAGCCCGUCAUCAUGCUAUUGCUGCCAAACUGGAAACACCAUUUGUCUUCGGUUCGAACAAAUUCAUUGCACAAUAUGAUGUGAAAUUCGAAGAAGGGCAAGAGUGUGGAGGUGGUUACCUUAAGCUUUUGAGUGAAGGCGCCGAGAAAGAUCUUGCCAGCUUCCAAGACAAAACACCUUACACCAUCAUGUUCGGCCCGGAUAAGUGUGGAGCAAGCGGACAAGUUCAUCUUAUCUUCCGUUAUAAAAAUCCGGUCAACGGAACUGUUUCGGAGUAUCAUGCCAAGCAGCCUGCUUCCAUUGGAACAGCUUAUUGGGAUGAUCAUAAUACUCAUCUUUUCACGCUUGUCGUUAAGCCGACCGGUGAAUAUUCCGUCAGUGUUGAUGGAAAGAGUCUUUAUUACGGCAACAUGCUCAGCGAUAUUUCUCCAAGUUUGACUCCACCUAAAGAGAUUUUCGACGAGACUGAUUUGAAACCAGAAGAUUGGGAUGAGCGAGAGCAAAUUGAAGACGAAACUGCUUCCAAACCGGAUGAUUGGGAUGAAAAUGAGCCACAGAAUGUCGUCGACGAGUCGGCCACUAAACCAUAUGAUUGGAAUGAAGAGGAAAACGAACUGAUUCCUGAUCCAGAAGCACAGAAACCACAAGAUUGGGACGAGGAUAUGGACGGAUCCUGGGAAGCCCCACUUAUUGAUAAUCCCGCUUGUAAAGGUUUGAGUGGAUGUGGAACCUGGAAGCCACCGACCAUUAAAAAUCCAAAGUACAGGGGAAAAUGGGUCCGCCCAAAGAUCGCGAAUCCCGCCUACAAGGGUAAAUGGUCGCCAAGGCUUAUCGAUAAUCCAAACUAUUUCGAACCUAAGCCGUUCGACGGUCUUGCACCAAUCAGCGCAGUCGGUAUUGAGUUAUGGACAAUGAGCGAAAAUAUUCUUUUCGAUCAAGUUUUAUUUAUAGACAACAUUCUCAUUACGUCAUCGGAGCAGGACGCCUCUGAGAUCGCCAAGCAAACCUUCUAUAUCAAACAACAAGAAGAAUAUCGUCUUGCCGCUGCUACAGGAAGUUCCAAUGGAAUUUUCCAGCAAAUAGUUGAUGCUACUAAUGAGAAACCAUGGUUGUGGGCCGUCUACAUUCUUUGUAUUCUGCUCCCACUCAUCGCAAUCGGCGUUUUCUGUUUCGGUAAAGGUUCGAAGCCGGCACCAAACUUCGCUAAAAAGAGCGAUACUUAUUCGCCGGAUGACGACAGAGUUCCAAAUUUGGUGGACGACCAAGAGGAGGAAAUCAUCGCUGAGGACGAAGAAGACAACCAGCCAGGACCAUCAGGCACUCAAAAUCAGCCACCAAUUGACGAGGAUGAGCAGGAUGAAGUGGAACAACAACCUUCUAGCUCGAAGACUGCUUCCUCAGAAUCCAGCAGUGCAGCCGAAGAGGAAGAUAAUGACCACGUUGUUCACGAAAACGAACCAGUCCAACCAACGGAAGAGGUUGCAAAGAAAAGUCCAAGAGUGACUGGUGGAGCCAAACGCCGUACCGCUCGCAGAGGAGAUUGA